GGAAAUCGCAAAAAAGUUCAAUUUUUUCAACUUUUUUACGAUAAACACGACGCCAUUUUAAAUCGCACUUUUUAUGCGAUGUUCGUUCCAACAUGAACUAGCCUUAAAUCUAUGAACGAAUAAAUUAAUCCUCAAAGAAGAAAUACUCUAAAGAAUACUCUAGCUGCUAAAGCCGAUAACAAAAACCAAGAGAAGUCUCAUCUGUAGAGGUUUUUUAUUUUGCUCAGACAGAAUCUAUUUUAAAGAGUUUCAAAUCGACCGUUCAAAAUGGGAAAAAGACAACAUCAAAAGGACAAAAUGUAUUUAACAUAUACAGAAUGGACAACACUUUAUGGAGGAAAAAAAGUUGGUCAUACAACCAAAGAGGAGGAAAAUUUCAAAAGAUUGCCCUUUGAUCAUUGCUGUUUGUCUCUACAACCAUUCGAGAUACCUUACUGUGAUUUGGAAGGCAAUAUAUUCGAUCUAGAAGCUCUCAUACCAUUUCUUAAAAAAUAUAAAAUAAAUCCUGUCACUGGCAAACCAUUGGACUUCAGAUCAUUGUUCCAGUUGAACUUCCACCGUAAAUCUGAAGAGAUUUUUGAAUGCCCCGUGUUAUUCAAACCAUUUACUAAAAGUUCACAUAUAGCCGCUAUUGCUACAACUGGAAAUGUUUUUUUAAUGGAAGCUAUUGAACAAUUGAAUAUAAAGACCCGUAACUGGAAAGAUUUGAUUACUGAUCAACCUUUUGAGAGGAAGGAUAUCAUUAUUUUACAAGAUCCUAAUAAUUUGUCAAAGUUCGAUAUCUCCAAAUUCCAUCAUGUGAAAAAUAAUUUGAGAGUUGAAACUGAAGAGGAAAUUGCUGAAAAAUCUAAUCCACAAGCUCGUUUAAAAUCUGUGAAUCCUGAAACAAAGUACACUUUGGAGGAACUAGACAAACACUAUAAAGCUUCCACAAUAGAACUGAAUAAAACAGAAAGUACUGCCAAAGCUGACAAAUUCAAUGCUGCCCAUUACUCUACUGGGGCUGUUGCUGCUAGUUUCACUUCUACGGCGAUGGUACCUAAGCUAGUACAUGAAGCAGCUAUUGUACAUGAAGAUGAGGUUAGAUAUCAAAGAGUGAAGAAGAAAGGUACUCGCGCGUCUUCUCCGCCCCCAAGUCCAAACAACAAUCUUGAAUUUACAGAGUCCGCCAAGAUGGGUAGUCAAAAUGUUCCAGAGUGGUUGUUGAUCUGGCGUGAAUUCUUACUUCUAGAUUAG